AUGUCCGGCGUGGUGCGCACCCUGAGCCGCUGCCUGCUGCCGGCCGAGGCCGCGGGCCGCGCCGGGGAGCAGCCGCGGAGGGACGGCAAGGAGCGGAGCCGCGAUGCCGAGCGGGAGGCGCGGCGGCGCAGCCGGGAGAUCGACGCGAUGCUGGCCCGGGAGCGGCGCGCCGUGCGCCGCCUCGUCAAGAUCCUGCUGCUGGGCGCCGGCGAGAGCGGCAAGUCCACCUUCCUCAAGCAGAUGCGGAUCAUCCACGGCCGCGAGUUCGACCAGAAGGCGCUGCUGGAGUUCCGGGCCACCAUCUACGAGAACAUCCUCAAGGGCUGCAGGGUUCUGGUUGAUGCACGGGACAAGCUGGGGAUCCCCUGGCAGUACACAGAGAAUGAGAAGCAUGGCAUGUUCCUGAUGGCCUUUGAGAACAAAGCUGGGAUGCCCAUCGAGCCUGCCACCUUCCAGCUCUACGUGCCUGCCCUGGCUGCUCUCUGGAGGGAUUCAGGAAUCAAGGAAGCCUUCAGCCGCCGCAGCGAGUACCAGCUGGGGGAAUCAGUGAAAUACUUCCUGGACAACCUGGAUCGGAUUGGUCAGCUGAACUAUUUCCCCAGCAAACAAGAUAUUUUGCUGGCCAGAAAAGCCACCAAGGGGAUAGUAGAGCAUGAUUUCAUCAUUAAAAAAAUUCCUUUCAAGAUGGUGGAUGUAGGGGGACAGAGAUCUCAGCGUCAAAAAUGGUUCCAGUGCUUUGAUGGAAUAACUUCCAUUUUGUUCAUGGUCUCCUCCAGCGAAUACGACCAGGUCCUCAUGGAAGACAGGCGCACAAACAGACUCGUGGAGUCCAUGAAUAUCUUUGAGACAAUAGUCAACAACAAGCUUUUCUUUAACGUUUCCAUUAUCCUAUUCCUCAACAAGAUGGACCUUCUGGUGGAGAAGGUCAAGACUGUCAGCAUUAAGAAGUAUUUCUCGGACUUCAAGGGCGACCCUCACCGCCUGGAGGACGUGCAGCGUUACCUGGUGCAGUGCUUCGACAGGAAGCGGCGGAACCGCAGCAAGCCCCUGUUCCACCACUUCACCACGGCCAUCGACACGGAGAACAUCCGCUUCGUGUUCCACGCCGUCAAGGACACCAUCCUGCAGGAGAACCUCAAGGACAUCAUGCUGCAGUGAAGGAGAGCAGCCCCUGCUCUGUCGGAAUUUCGCUGGAGGGUUCCAUCGGAGUUUUUGAUCCUUUCUUUGUGGGCCGUGCGUGCGGCGCGGGGCCCGUGCGAAUUCCUUGGCUCAGGAAUGCUGUACACUAGCCAGUCCAAACAGAGGAGCUCUAGGCCGGAGGAGUCGUGUUGAUGUUAGCUACUGAAUCAUUUGGACUAAAACACUACUGAAACCUGGCCCUGGUAGGUUCUGUACCGAGUUUGGAACGCUGAAUGACACAACCACCGUCUGCCUUCUUGGAGAACAGAAAUCUCUGACAAACCAUGGAUGGAAGACACGUUUCCAAUGAAUGCUCUCAUUUUUCAGACACUAAUUGUACAAACUACCUUUUUUUUUUGUAGUUUGGAGGUGCUGAAUCGAUCAAACUAAUCUAACCAUGAUGAGAUUGGCAGCUGUAUUGGAGAAUGUUAAUGGAGGUUCCAUUCUUAACCCUUAGGAGUAUAACCAGGUCUUGUGUGUGUGUUCAGCUUUGCCAGGGGUCUAGAAUCCACCUCCCAAGGUGGAUGCACAGCUCUUGUCUGAAGGUUUUGCAUGAGUCUCCUGUGGGAGAAGCCUAGAACUGUGUAAGGAAACUCAUGUUGGAUUAAAUGGGAUGGGGACUUGAGGCCUCGCUGAUUCGGAGAAGGGUUUAUUUUGCACUAUGCUUGGAGGGUGUUACAUCAUGGAAAACUGAUUUCCUUGGUGCAGCAGCCUGUGCUGUAGCACCCAGCCAUGUAUCUGCACAGUGGCUGCUCAAGGGAGAUGUGCUCCAUGGCCAGCUAGCACUGCCCUCACACCCACAGUGGGGGCAGCAUUUGUGAAGGUUCAGUAUCUCAUGUGACAGGGCUUCAUCUGAACUCAAAAGUUUAGAAGCUGAUUAAACUCUUUAAGCAAAGGUUUUGGUAGCACAGCAGCUGCUUGAUUAGUUCCAACAGCUGAGCUUGUAGGAAGAAUGAACACCCUGGAGAUCCCAGCUUUCCAGCUGCACUGAUGGAUUUGGACAGCAAGACCUUGCUGUAAAAUUAGCCUUUAAUCUGUGUCUUAAUGGGAUCUUCAGCCUGUAGUGAUGCACAUGGAACUCAGAGCACAGCUGGGUUUGGAGUCACCCCUUUGGGCAGUGGUUUGGGUGUAAAAUGGCAAGAGGCUGUGAACAAUUUGGGUGUGAACUCCAAAUUUCCUUGUGCUCUCAAUCUCUGCCAGGUGCCUUUUCUGUGUACAGACAUUGAAUCUUUUCUACUGCAGUGGGGUACAUGGACAAACGAAGAUAUUGUAGGGCUAUCCUUUAGGUAACUCAAACAUAGUUUACUGUGCAAUUUUUGUCAUAGUUUUUAUCCAAGGAUAAAACCUGAAAGGCUGUUUGUACCCAUAA